GCGCCAGUCAGUCUCUCGACAACGGCCAAGGCGCGAAGGCGCCCUCCGUCCCGCGAGGACCUUGAUUAGUGAGUAUAUUGUGAGCGUAGAACAGUGAUCAAAUCUGCAUGGCGUUACAUCACCACAACUUCACAGCCGCCCCUUUCACCGGAGGCGGCUUCUACUACGGCCCCGGCCCCGCAGGCUACCAUCACCUGCCUCCGGCGCCACCUCCGCCACCGCUGGCCCGUGCCUUCCAGCCUCCUCCGCCCCCGGUCACCGCACCUCCCGCCCCUAGACACGCGCCUCCAGCCCCCAGACACGCACCUCCCGCCCCCACGACACCCCGCUACACGCGCGUCAACGCCGGUUCAGGCUCGAAGACGUCGGUGCACGCCGUCAUCGACUAUGACGACGACUUCGGUGACGAGGAUUACUAUGACGAUGUGGCCGACCCUCGCCGUCGACCGCCCCAGCCGACCGUCACCCCCAUCCAGGGCCCCAUCCUCGUCAAGAACGGCAGUGUCCCCGUCGUGCCUCUUUACUCCUAUCCCACCGUCAACAACGGAUCACUCGUCCAGAUACCGAUUUGGUGGACCGCGCUGUCCCUAGCCUUGGGUCUUGAGAUUCGUGGGGACGUAAUAAGGGGUGUACCCUGCAUAAAACGCUUUCACCAGCUAUUUUGUCCGACAGCUGGCAACAGUUACCCCAUAGAGCGAAUAGAGUUGUUCAUAGACGAGAACAAGGCGCUGAUGAAGCGAAUGUACGGCGAGUUCCAGAUGACGACCGAGUACGGGCCGCCGUCGCGGGAGCUGUUCGAGGGCCAGCGAGGGCAGCGCAAGGCCAGGGGGGCGGCAGCAGACCAAGGGGGCGGCGGGGGCGGCAAGAGCGAAGGAGGCGGCGCCGCCCCCGGAUUGUCGCCUCUCGCCGAGGAGGGCGAGUCUUACUUCGCCAAGCUGAGGCAUACGCGGCAGUCUUUCCGCAACAACCAGUCCUCUGAUACCGGCAGGGUUGAUGCAUGUGAGUCAAAGGUGGAGAUAGUGACUCCAUAUUGGGCCGCUAACAGUGCUGGCAAAAUCAGAGCAAUAGUCAACACGCAGCACUUCGAACAAGCUAUUCACCAAGAAGUCUGUUCGAAAACGCAAACGAAUCGCUGUUCAACCGACUGCGGCUGCGAACAGAAGUACAAGUGGCAUCGGCUGCUCGCCUACGACCCGGACAACGACUGCAAGGGCAUCUUCAUGGACUGGUUCCUGUUCCCCUCCUGCUGUGUGUGCCGCUGCUCACCCAACGCAAACACCAAUGCCAACGCCAACAGUAACAACAACAAUUUCAGGCCCAACAACUAGCCUGCCAACGCCAAGCGAGUCCAGUCAGCAGUUUAGCAGCGAGGGAGUGAAAUCCACUUCAAUCUGUCCGCAUUUUAGAAUCACUUUUUAAUUUGAUAAGGUGACGAAGUUUGGUCUGUAGUCGAAAUGAAUAGGUCUAUUCAUUCUUUGAUAUGACUUAUUAGUGUCUAGUGGCGAAGUUUGGUAUGUAAUUAGAAUGUAUAGGCCUAGGUAUUCAUUCAUUUGUAUGGCUUACUUCGGACUGAUGUUAUGUUACUAACUCAGCCACGUCGAUGUAUUGAUGCUAAAGAGAAUGCAGAUAGUCUGAAGUGGAUAUCACAAUACUGCACUCAGUCACAGAUAAUGGACUACCUAAAGUAUCUACACGGUGUCCCACAAAGAUGUUCACACGUUUAAUUUAAUGUUACGUGCCCAUUAAUGCAGUAAACGUUUUCAAAUUCAGUUUACAAAGUAGGUUCUAAAAAUAUUCUGGGAAAAUUUCAGCUCCCUAAUUUUCGUAGGAACAAAAUGACGGCUUAUUGAAAAUUUUACCAAUUUGCUUCCUGGAAAAACUACUGCCGCCAUUUUGUUUCUACGAAGGUUGGGAAACUGAAAUUUUUCAAGAAUAUUUUUAUAUUUUUAGAGUCUUUAGAUUAUUUUUAGAUAUUUUUGGUGCAUGAAUGGGCACGUAAUAUGAAAUUAAACACGUAAGCCUCUUUGUGGGACACCGUGUUACGUGUAUGUAUAAUCCAAAGUGAAUAUAUAUUCUGGAACAGUAACUAUAGACUAUAUUGAGGUCCACGUUAUAAUGACAGUAUCUGAUAAACAUUGGUAUUGCUAUCCUUGUCUAUCAUUCGACAAAGCAGAUAGCGCUAUCCCUUUCUAGGUCUGCAACGUUGCCAGAUUAACAAUAAUACACAAUUUAACAGAAUAUUUAAUCUCAAUCAUGGAAACUUAUAAUUUGAUAAUCAUUAAAUAUUUUUUCAUGACUAAUAAAAUAUAAUUCAUCAUUUUAAACAAGAAUGAUCAGUUAAUACAGGGGAUGGACUUGGACGCAGACUGCGUCCUCUAAAUUCUGGGGGGGAAGGCUGAAAAUUGGAUCUGGGGGCACAAAAAAGGCCAGCAGUAUAUUUAAAUAACUACUUUGAAGUGACUACAUUAGAAUGACAUUUCUUCGGUUUUCAAUUCAAAGAGGGGGGGUAGCAACUGAAUUUUUAUUAUAUACCGGUUUCAUAUAUCAACUAUCAUCCUCUAUAGAUGGCAGUGGCAGCACCACGCGAAUCAAAAUCGCGCUGUUCUCCUAUAUUUCUCCACUGCCAUUAUAAAGUGGACUUCACUAUUAUAUAGACUGUUAAAACUAAAGUGUAUUACCAGUGACUGAGUUUAGGCCCAAAUCACUGCCCAAGGACUCCAGUCAUUGUGUCUGAAGUUAUGUUUUUGUUCACGUGACCGCGACCAACAACCGAAAAGAAACCCUUUGGUUAUCAUGAGAGUGUUCACGUGUAUCGUCCGAAAAAAAUCUGUGAACACACCCAUAAGAAUCAAUGGUAUUCUUCCUUGGUCGUCGGCUGCAAUCGCAUUAAAGAAAAAACAUACCUCAAGCUGAACUAGACCAGAUGUGCGUGUGUCACGUGUGGUCAUAAGCAUAGUGCUGUUUUUUUACCUAUUUUCAAGUCAAGAAAUACCAUUGAAUGCACGAAGAUUAUAUUUUGGCUCACAACGUGAAGAAUUAGUUAGGUAGGUACCAAAAGCAGGAAACUGAAAAAUAAAACUAAUUUAUUUGUAUUAAUUAUUCUAUUAUGAUGUAAAAUAUUAUGUAGUAUCUAUUGGAAAUAAUUACGAAAGUUUUAUUCCACCAGAAAAUUUUCUAAAGACAUUGUUUUCAAUUUCCAACUUUCACUAGAUGAAUCAUUAUGUAAGCUACAAGUUUCGAUCCAUUACAAAUACUUCUUCAACACUUUAAUCCUAUCAAAGUAUUUUAUAGAUUUUUUUCAAACUCUCAAUUAUAUUCCCACUAGAUUAUUAUGUAAUAUCAAGCAAUUUGUCUGUAUAUAUAUAUUCACAGCAAGCCAUUUCAAUUACUGUAUAGAAAAAAAUCAUAGAUUUAAUAAAUGUUCGCUCUCUAUGAAGUAAUGUUGAUAGCUUGUAAAUAGAUGUAUUUUAUAAGAUUAGAUUACAACGAAUAGUUAUUUCAAGAAAUAAGAAAAUAAAAAUCGAUAGUAAAUUAUUUUUGAGCAAGGAUUUAAAACUUUGAAAAAAAUUUAAACAUCUUUUUUAUAAAAAUCAGAACAUUAAAUUAAUUUUGUCCUAACAAAAAUAUUUCCUAGAUAGAUUUAUGUAUUAUUUCCAGUCCGUCCGGUUAGACUAGUUUCAUUACCAUUUAAAUUAUUGUAAGCAAUAGUAAAUACCAUUGGAACUGUUAAUAUUGAGAAUACACCUUGUGUGAUAUUUCAAAUGUAAAUAUGAAAUGACAGUGUUUAUAAGAGAGGUAUGUUUUUAUAUGAGAAUCUGUAAGUAUACGUGUGAUACCUGUUAGGUCCCUUCACAAAGAUUUUCCAAAUUUAUUCGUGAUAAGACAAAUAAUGGUUUGUCGUUUUUUAAAAUAUUUCAAGAUUUUGAGACUAGUAGUAAUCAUAAUAUCAUGGCUGAAUUUGGUAUUAUUGAUCAAAAGAUUAAAGUGAAUCAUUGAAAAAUUAUUUUUAAAAUCAUAAUAUCUAUUUUUAGCAUUAAUUUUGAAUUAGGUACUGUACUUGAACAAUUUUUAAUUAUUGUAGGCUACCUACCUAUAGAGAGGUCCACGUUAUAAUGGCAGUGUAACAAUGGUAUUGCUAUCUUUGUCUAUCAUUCAACAAAGCGGAUAGCGCUAUCUCUCUCUCGCUUUGCUCUGUUGCCGGAUCAUCUUUUAAAAAUGUAGAAUUAAUAAUUAGGAAAAUAUUUCAUCUUAAUUAAGAAAAUUCAUUAUUAAAUUAUUGGAAAAUAUAAUUUCUUGCUUAAUAAGAUAUAAUUGAUUAUUUUAAACGAGAAUGAACAAUUAAUAUUACAUUAAUAAACCUGUAUCAGCUACCCUCAUGGAGGCAUUGACAAAACAUUGAGGAUCGGCAACGUUGUUCUCUUAUCUUUCUACACUGCCAUUAUAACUUGGACUUUACUAUAGAUUAUAAAAUUAUUUUAUAUGCUGAUGGUACCGGUACGUAUUUAUCUUGAAUCAAAUUGAAGUUUCACUCAUACUUUAAUGUAGAAAGCCCUUAGCCCUUAUCAAGGGACAAUAUUCAAGAUUUAUUCAUUUUGGUGGACUAUAGAAUAUACAGCAAGUAAGCCGAGUAUGAAACUAUAAUAUAUCACAUAAAAUCAACUUAAACAAACUAAUUUUCUUACUGCUGUCGAAGUGUAUCCAGCGUCUUUAUCUUUGAAUAAUCAAGAGUUAUUAUAAAAAAAAACACAAUAAAAAUCAAAUAAAAAGCCCACUACAAAUAUAGGUAUUAUGCACUGACUGCUUGUAUUUUUCCAUACUCAAGUAAAAUUAAAAAUUUGCUCAUUCAAGUUGCAGACUUUCUUGAAACUUGGAAACACUUUUGUUAUCAACAAAUUAUAAUUACAUUCUAUUUAUAAUCGAUAUUAGUGUAAUAGUUAUACUGAUUUCGGUAACAAUGCUAAAAUUAGUUUGACAUUCCUACAAGCUACUGAUUCUUAGCUCAUUUACAGCCAUAAUAAGGAAAUUUGAACAGCUACGAAUCUAAUACAAUCCAACUACACAAAUAUACUCGUCCAGUAUAAAACUGAAUUCAUCCAUUACACAUACUGUACCUAUUUUCAUGAUAAAUCAUUUAUUUUGCAACAUACAUUAUCUUAUACAAUUUUUAUCAUUUGGUUGAUCUUGCUUUCAUGAUUUAUAAUUAUUGAUUUUGUGAUAAUUUUUAUUGUUGCAGAUAGAAUGCUUUAGAUUUAUUUAACAGUGUAAAGCAACUAUUAUCUCGUACUAGAUUUUCCUGAUAAGAAGUUUUGAAAUUAUAAAAGAUAUUACUUAUAACUGGCAAUCAAAAUAUUCAAUCUCUCUAGAAUAGCAAGAUCGGUAGCCUUCUAUAGAUUCAAUUUGUAAAUCUAUAAAGAAUAUAAUCCAAUCACAGAUAUCCUUCUGUUCUUAGAUGGCUUUACCUAAUGCAAUUCUUAUUAUAUCUUUCAUUACAAGAAAUUGUUAUCUCUAUGAAUAUUCAUUUUUGUUUAAUAACUUUGUGAAAAUCAAUAAAUUUUAAAAGGCUAUCAUCCAGUAUUUCCAGCCCAAAACUUAAUAUCUGCCACCGCACUUGAUUUGAUCUAUACAGUUAAUAUUAUGAAUAAAACGUUCCAAUAGAAUGAUCACUACUACAUAGAUGCAUACAUGCAAAUACCACAUAGGCUACCUUGAAACAGUAUUGUUGAAUAAUGAAUAAUCAAUAAGGCAAUACGGUGAAUACUGUAGUUGUAGUUAGUUAUAAUAUCGAAGGAUCUGAAUAUUGAUUAUUAUAAUCUUUUGAUUUGUGAAAAUACUUUCUACAUUUUAUAUUAGUAGCCUAGUGCCAAUCUGGACUUGAGAACAGAUCUCAUGUAUGUACUUACAGUUUUUGUAUUUUUAUUAUUUGAAUAAAAAUGAAUAAGAACGAUA